CUACAAUCAUUUUUAAACAUUUAAACUCAUCUCUCUCUCGCUCUGUUCACUCUUUGGGUUUGAAAAUGGAGUCCAGCAAAAUAUCUGCUCUGCUGCUGAUUUGCAUGCUUUUCAUUUCCUCAGUGACUCCAAUUCUUGGUUGCCGUUCUUGUGGGAAGGCACCAUCAAAGCAUCGAAGGCACAAGGGAAAGUCCCCUAAAGGUCCCAUCACUUUGCCUCCCAUUGUUCCUAAACUCCCUCCAGUUGUUCCUAAACUCCCUCCGGUUGAGCUCCCUCCAAUUGUGAAGCCGCCCAUUGACCUUCCUCCGGUAACAGUUCCUCCGGUUACUACUAAGCCACCAAGUGGAAAAGGAAAACCCUGCCCAUCACCACCAACCAAGGACACUUGCCCUAUCGACACGCUGAAACUGGGUGCCUGUGUGGACCUGCUGGGCGGGUUGGUGCACAUUGGUCUUGGUGACCCGGUUGUAAACCAAUGUUGUCCGGUUCUUGCAGGACUUGCUGAGCUCGAAGCUGCUGUCUGCUUGUGCACAACUCUCAAGCUCAAGGUUCUAAACCUUAAACUUUUCGUGCCACUGGCUCUUCAGCUCCUCGUCACUUGUGGGAAAACACCCCCUCCUGGUUACACUUGCUAUCUCUAGAACCAAAGGUUGGCAGAUUGAUGGAAUCUGUGAUGAAAUCGACAUGAGCGGAUGUCAAGCUUUCUCUUUCUUCCUUUCUCAAUUGGACUUGAAAUCUAAUGCUGCUGUUGUUGUAAUACCAUUUUCUUAUCCACUUUUCUUUUAAAAGAUAGUUGCAAACUGUAUCUUUGUCAAACGAUGCAAUCAAGAGUGAUAGUAUUAAUCUUUGUUCGUGA